AUUUUUCUUUAACACCAUCACUAAAGGAAGUCGAUCUUCUUGGUAUCUUGCCACCUUUACUAGUACCCUCUAUCUACCCAAUCUUGACACUGCACUAUUAUUGCCACCAUCAUCAUUUCUUGACGGAGAAGAAGAACCACUGAUAGUAGAUUUUCUAAGAGCCCAAUACGCAUCUGCUUUUACGAAGCUGCCUAAAUGGCUUCCAAUGGUGCAAAACAGCCCUUGCUGUCAGGAUUGGUGGAUCCCGCCUCUCAAAUAAUCAAUGAAUGUCAUCGCAACAGAAGAAGGAUUCGCCAUGUUAAAAGUCCUCCCCUAGCAGAAUCUGUUCCUUCAGAUACUAGUGGCAAUGGGCCAAUUCCAUGUUGUGGUUCCUUUUGGGGGGGACUACACCAGAGCCUGAAGAAAGUAGCCUUGUUAUUGGCUGUCUACUUAGGUCUUGGCACAAUAUGCUUUUAUGCUGUCAGGGAUGAUAUCAAAGGGAAGAAAACCAAUCCGAUUCUUGAUUCUGUAUAUUUUUGUAUCGUGACGAUGACUACAGUAGGAUAUGGGGACCUGGUGCCCAAUAGUGCCCUUGUGAAGUUACUUGCCUGUGUUUUUGUCUUCGUAGGGAUGGCUCUUGUUGGAUUGAUACUGAGCAAAGCAGCAGACUAUUUGGUAGACAAGCAGGAAAUAUUACUGAUUAAAGCUCUACACAAGCAUGAAAAACCUGGUCCAGCUGCGUCUCUAAAGGAAAUUGAAACCAGCAAAGUGAAAUACAAAUGUUAUUUGGCCCUGGCUAUCCUUUCAGUGCUCAUGCUGGUCGGAACUGUUUUCCUGUAUAUGGUUGAGGAUUUGAACAUCAUUGAUGCUUUCUACUGUGUCUGCUGUACCAUUACAACUCUCGGUUAUGGAGACAAGAGCUUCUCAACUGGAGGUGGUCGUUUGUUUGCUUUAUUUUGGAUGCUGACGGGUACUAUUGGUUUAGGUCUGUUAUUUCUAUACAUUGCAGAGCUAUUCACUGAAAGCAGACAGAGGACACUGGUGCACUGGGUUCUUACUAGAAAGACGACCAAUUUAGAUCUGGAGGCAGCAGACAUCGAUGAUGAUGGUGUUGUUGGGGCCGCGGAGUUCAUCCUAUAUAAGCUUAAAGAGAUGGGGAAGAUUAGCCAAGAAGAUAUUGCACUUGUAAUGGAGGAGUUUGAGGAUCUUGAUGUUGAUCAAUCUGGAACCUUGUCAGAUUCUGAUAUCACGCCUGCACAGUCAACUCAGAUGAAGAAAUGACUUCACCAUCAGCGAGUAGUCCUUGACUAAUACAAUUAAGUGAUAUUGAUAUCAUAGAAGAUAAUAGAUAUGGUUUCCUGUAUCAAGUUUACCCUAGUCUGUUCAUUAAGGCCACUGAACUUUAUGGAGAAAAAAAAUACUGAUAGAUCUUGAAUUGAAAAGUUUUGAAAGGACAAAGAUGCAAGUAGAAGGCUAGCAUACUUAUUAUGGUUCCAUGAGUUAUGCCAGAAGGAAGCGGCAUUGCAGAAAGUUCAAGUUGCUCUUUGAGAAACAAAUAAGCAUUGCCCACAAUCUCACCUGUUUCAACAUCCAGAUCCAAGCUGUGUACCUCCUGAAAAAAAUGUUUCAGAGAUAGAAAAGCAUACAGCUCGAACUUGACAGGCAGGCAUCUGAUAUCAUGCUCCACCCACGGGGUACAGGCCCGGGCUAUCUUUUAGUUCGGUGAGCUAGAGGAUCUGUUCCGCUAAGAGGAGCUUGCCUUGCCACAAGCGUUCUUCAUUCAAAUUGUUUUUGUAUUUUAAAAGUAAUUUUAAAUAAAUUUAUUACUUUUUUAUUUGUUUCAAAUUAAUAUAUUUUUAUGCUUUUAGAUUG